AUGCCUCGACAAAAUGGUCGCCGACAGACACAUGGGGUCGCAAUGCAUGGCGGUAACCAAAAACCAUUCAGGGCAUCCACCGAAAUACUCGUCGCAAUUAGGAGUGGCAAACGGGUGCAUCGCCCCCAGUGCACACUCAAGGAGUCCACAAGACCCACGGACGAAAGCACCACUCGACUACUAACACCAGCUAGUCAAGACCUGGCAGUGGAACAGCACCACCCCGCACCCACAAAACAAGAUAGCACUCGCUCGGGAAUCAACGCUUCUUUUAUCUUAAUCGUAUAA